AUGGACCACCGAACUUAUCUGUUAGCAGCAUCGAGACGGAAUUCAUUUUCACACUAUUGGAGUAUAUAUCUGCUGUUGAUAAUAAUUUUGCAACAAAUUCGACCAGACGCCUGCAAUCCUCACGAAUCGUUAAGAAAUUAUUCAAAACGUCGUUUACAUUCCAAUGAUGAUAGGGAUUUGCGUGAUUUUAAAGAGGGCGAAUCCUUGCCUGCCGAUAAACGAACAUUAACUUCGGCUACGGGCAAUGGUGGCUCGAUUAGCCAACCCGAAGAGAUAUUCAGUGUCAAUGAUCAGUUGGAAUCGAAUUAUGAUGAAUAUCCGAUGGUGGUGCCAAAACGAGCCGCCUUAUUACUGGAUCGGUUAAUGGUAGCUUUGCAUCAUGCUCUGGAAAAAGAACACAGUGGCAGCUCUCGCUUGAGCGAUUUCUAUAACAAAUACAACGACGGCAAGAAUCCAUCUGCAUUGGAUAAGGACAAAACCAUAGCUGACGAUGAUAUUCCCGAGGCAUCUGAUAACACCAUGUACAGUGAUGAUGAUCCAUCCGUUAUGAUGGACUACGACUUCAAAGAUCUGAAUUCGAUCAAUCGUGCCACCGGUGAAACUUUAAUGGCACAGAGCUUUCAGAGAAGAGCAAACUUGGGCUUGGAUUUGGGUGGUGAUAUGGGUAUGGAUGGUGUCUCAUCACUGCUGAGCGCAUCGUCGUCGGGACAUGGUGGCGGUGGUCUCAUAAGUGGCGUGAACAGUGCUGACAUUGCUGGUGUUGGCGGUGGUGGUCGCACCAACUUCGGCACCAACGGUCGCAUGUAUUGGCGUUGUUAUUUUAAUGCAGUCAGUUGUUUCUAA